AUGCUUCACAGGCUAGAAGGUGUUUCAGAUCAAGGCCUUAAUCAGAAACAAGGGGGAGAAGGUGUGUCUAGUGGGUCAAGGAAAGAAGAACCCAAAGCUUCUGUCAAUCCUGUUGUCAAGAAAGAACCUAAGCUCAAGGAAAAAUUGUUCAGUGAGGAGCCCAUUAUCGAUAAUGAAGAAGAAGAAGUGCCUGAUGAAGAAGAACUGAAAAGGCGAAAGGUUCGUGAAGCUAAACUGGAUGAGCACCAACGAAUCAUCCAGGAGGCUGAAGAAAAGGAAAGAGCUGAGAAAGUCACAGGGCCAAUUAAGACCGAUAGCUUUCCGAACGCGAAGUUCAAAGUAGCCAGAGAACACAAAUAUUACCAUCAGUUUCCACCAACCACUACCCCCGUACUAUUGUCGCCUCGUACUGCCGGUGAACCGACAUCGCCUCCUACCACUGGUGAACAACUUCCAAUAGAUCUAGAAGCUCCGGUUGUUUGCAUAUCUACAAUAUUGGCCUCAGUUAUAUGGUUUUCUCCUCCAGAUUUAUGA